AUGGCGUCGUCAGUGAAGGCCGUUCAAACAUUUGGUAAAAAGAAGACCGCUACCGCAGUCGCGCACGCCAGAGAGGGUCGUGGGCUUGUCCACCUCAAUGGUUCUCCCAUCAGCCUGCUAAACCCGGAGAUUCUGCGACUCAAGGUAUACGAGCCCAUCCUCGUCGUGGGCGAGGAGUCGUUUGGUGUCAUGGACAUCCGUGUGCGUGUUAAGGGUGGUGGACACACGUCGCAGGUGUAUGCCAUUAGACAGGCGAUUGCCAAGGCACUGGUUGCGUACUACGCCAAAUACAUCGAUGCGUACAGUGCGAUGGAGCUGAAGAAGAAACUCGUUGCGUACGAUCGGACACUAUUGAUUGCGGACCCAAGGAGGAUGGAGCCCAAGAAGUUCGGUGGCGCUGGUGCCCGUGCACGCAGGCAAAAAUCCUACCGUUAA